AUGUCACCACGACUGCGGCUGCGUCCGCUCGCACGGGCCUUGGAAGCCUCGUCAACCUCUUCCAGCAGAUACGUCUGCGCACGAUGCAGCUACGCAACAGCCACAGCGACAGUACCAGCACCAUCGCAAGAUCAGCUUACGUCGGGAAUGCCGCAGCUAUCUCGCCAUCACCCUCUUCAGCCACCCUCACACCGCGAUCCGAAGUACCGGAAAGCUCAGAUGCUCCGAUCAUACGUAUCAUUACUACAGACCACACCUUUGAUGCUCUUCUUUCAGCACAACAAUCUAAAAGCAAUGGAGUGGGCAUCCAUCCGGAGAGAGCUCGCCCGGGCGCUAGAAGCGGCAGACAAGUCGUUGCCGGACCACGCAGAUCUUGCCGACUCAAUCAAGCUACAAGUCAUACAGACCAAAAUGUUUGAGCCGGCGUUGCGAAUAACAGAACACUUCGAUCCGUCAGACUCAGUACCGGAGGAGUUGAAGGCGGCCUCCUUCGCUCGACCUCGAGACGAUCCAACGUUGACACAUGUUCUGUCGUCUCGCGCCUACAAUGCAGCCAAGGCGAGGGAUGAGAGACAUGAAUUGGCAACACUGUUACAGGGGUCGAUAGCCGUCUUGACUCUUCCGAUAGUUUCGCCGCAACAUCUAGCAGCUGCGAUGCGGAUACUCGCGCCAAACAAGCCAGCGUUUCCCGCACCAACACGCCGGUCCACUCCGUCGUACUACGAGCCGGCGGUACAGGACGGUCUGCGGAAAUUGCUGUUACUUGGCGCGAGAGUGGAAGGUAAAGUGUUCGACCAGGACGGCGUGCGAUGGAUCGGCGGAAUCGAUGGCGGUCUCGAAGGCUUGCGGGCUCAGCUGGUUAGUCUGCUGCAAAUGGCUGGCGUGGGCUUGACUGGUGCUCUGGAAGGACUGGGCAAAAAUCUGUGGAUGACCUUGGAGAGCAGGAGGCAAGACAUGGAGGAGAAAGCCGGCGAGGGAGCGAAGUAA